UACCCACCCCAUCCGACUCUCUCAUCAUGUAUAAAGUUGCCUCUCUUGGACGACUCCGCACCCACUACCCUUCUCCUGCGUCUUCAGCCUUUCGAUCUCUCUCCUCCUCCUCCUCUUACUCAUCCCCUUCUCUGUUUAGGCCUAUCGCUUCUCGUUCGCACCUUCGAUCCUCGCCCGUACACUCUAGAUCCGUCGGCUUUUCGAGAUCCUGCAGCUCGUACAUCCCCGGAUCGCGGGUCGGGUUGUCGACGAGUUGGAGGUCCCCGAUCGGUCCCAGGGCGCGAAUCAGGAGCUCAGCUGCAGUGAUCGAGCGGUUCGACAGGAAGAUGGCCACCGUCGCUACUGAGAAUGUCUUCAAGGAUGUCCUAACGAGCCUUCCAAAGACUGGGGGUGGUGAAUAUGGCAAAUAUUACAGUUUACCUGCCCUUAAUGAUCCAAGAAUAGAUAGAUUGCCAUAUUCUAUCAGAAUCCUUUUGGAAUCAGCAAUCCGGAACUGUGAUAACUUCCAGGUCACCAAAAAUGAUGUGGAAAAGAUUAUUGAUUGGGAGAACACUUCCCCAAAACUAGUAGAAAUUCCUUUUAAGCCUGCCCGUGUACUCCUCCAGGAUUUUACCGGUGUGCCUGCUGUUGUUGACCUUGCUUGUAUGCGUGAUGCCAUGAACAAGCUGGGUAGUGAUUCCAAUAAAAUCAAUCCCUUGGUUCCAGUAGAUCUUGUCAUUGACCACUCAGUUCAGGUAGAUGUAGCUAGAUCAGAGAAUGCAGUUCAAGCAAACAUGGAAUUUGAGUUUCAGAGGAACAAGGAAAGAUUUGGUUUCUUAAAGUGGGGAUCUACUGCUUUCCGUAAUAUGCUUGUUGUCCCUCCAGGUUCUGGCAUCGUUCACCAGGUUAAUCUAGAGUAUCUUGGUCGUGUUGUUUUCAACACAGACGGUCUUCUCUACCCAGAUAGUGUGGUAGGAACCGAUUCCCAUACGACUAUGAUUGAUGGAUUAGGAGUUGCCGGUUGGGGAGUUGGAGGAAUUGAGGCAGAGGCAACAAUGCUUGGUCAGCCAAUGAGCAUGGUGCUGCCAGGCGUUGUUGGAUUUAAGUUGACAGGGAAACUACGAAAUGGUGUCACAGCAACUGACCUAGUUUUAACUGUUACACAAAUGUUGAGGAAGCAUGGAGUUGUUGGCAAAUUUGUGGAGUUCUAUGGUGAGGGCAUGGGUGAGUUGUCGUUGGCUGAUAGAGCAACAAUUGCCAAUAUGUCACCUGAGUAUGGAGCAACCAUGGGCUUCUUCCCUGUGGAUCAUGUAACUCUGCAGUAUCUUAAAUUGACAGGAAGAAGUGAUGAAACUGUUUCUAUGAUUGAGGCCUAUCUGCGUGCAAACAAGAUGUUUGUUGACUACACUGAGCCUCAGAAAGAAAGAGUAUAUUCAUCUUAUCUAGAGUUAGACCUUGCAGAUGUCGAACCUUGCAUUUCAGGUCCAAAAAGGCCUCAUGAUCGUGUACCCUUGAAAGAAAUGAAAGCUGACUGGCAUUCUUGUCUUGACAGCAAAGUUGGAUUCAAGGGCUUUGCAGUGCCGAAGGAAUCACAAGAAAAAAUUGUAAAGUUUGACUUUCAUGGACAGCCUGCGGAGCUCAAGCAUGGUAGCCUUGUCAUAGCAGCAAUUACAAGCUGCACAAACACAUCAAAUCCCAAUGUUAUGCUUGGUGCUGGUCUUGUUGCAAAGAAGGCCUGUGAAUUAGGUCUACAGGUUAAGCCUUGGAUCAAAACCAGCCUUGCUCCAGGUUCUGGAGUUGUUACCAAGUAUUUGCUUAAGAGUGGCCUACAAGAAUAUUUGAAUCAGCAAGGAUUUAAUAUUGUUGGGUAUGGCUGCACAACAUGUAUCGGAAACUCUGGGGAUCUUGAUGAGUCUGUGGCUGCUGCAAUUUCCGAUAAUGAUAUAGUUGCUGCUGCUGUUCUAUCUGGAAAUAGGAAUUUUGAGGGACGUGUGCAUCCAUUGACACGAGCUAACUAUCUUGCUUCGCCUCCUCUUGUUGUAGCUUAUGCGCUUGCUGGAACAGUUGACAUUGAUUUUGAGAAGGAGCCAAUUGGAACAGGGAAGGAUGGGAAGAGCAUAUACUUCAAGGAUAUAUGGCCGUCCACUGAAGAGAUUGCACAGGUUGUGCAAUCCAGUGUUUUGCCUGAAAUGUUCAAGAGUACAUAUGAGGCAAUCACAAAAGGCAACCCUAUGUGGAACCAGCUGACUGUUCCUGCAACAACUCUUUAUUCAUGGGACCCAAAUUCCACCUACAUUCAUGAACCACCAUAUUUUAAGGACAUGACCAUGGCUCCACCUGGUCCACAUGGGGUGAAGAAUGCUUAUUGUUUAUUAAAUUUUGGCGACAGUAUUACGACAGAUCACAUUUCACCAGCAGGUAGCAUUCACAAGGACAGUCCUGCUGCAAAGUACCUAAUUGACCGUGGUGUAGAUCGCAGAGAUUUCAAUUCAUAUGGCAGCCGGCGGGGCAAUGAUGAAAUCAUGGCAAGGGGAACAUUUGCAAAUAUUCGUCUUGUUAAUAAACUCCUCAAGGGAGAAGUGGGACCAAAGACUGUUCAUAUCCCAACAGGGGACAAACUCUAUGUCUUUGAAGUAGCAACGAGGUACAAGGCUGAUGGGCAUGAUACCAUAGUUUUGGCAGGAGCAGAGUACGGAAGUGGUAGCUCUCGAGACUGGGCUGCUAAGGGUCCAAUGUUGUUGGGAGUCAAAGCAGUUAUUGCUAAAAGUUUUGAGAGGAUCCAUCGCAGCAAUUUAGUUGGAAUGGGUAUAAUUCCACUGUGUUUCAAGCCUGGUGAGGAUGCUGAGACACUGGGUUUGACAGGGCAUGAGUGCUACACAAUAGAUCUUCCAAGUAGCAUCACUGACAUAAGACCUGGGCAAGAUAUUACUGUAGUUGUGGACAAUGGGAAAUCUUUCACAUGCACUCUUCGGUUUGAUACAGAGGUAGAACUGGCCUACUUCAAUCAUGGAGGAAUUCUUCCAUUUGUCAUCAGAAAUCUGAUAAAUUCCCAGCACUGAGCUUAAUGUUUCUUCAUGGUGCCUGGGGCUGUUGGUAUUGCUUGCGUUUGUGCCACCAGUGGAAGCUUUGAUAAAUCAAAGAAAUAAGCAGCAGAAAAGGGUGCCUUUUUUCCCUAGAUUCAUCAAGGUUGUACCUGUUUGAUCCGAGUACAGGAAUAAGAUUGACAGUGUAGAAGCAGACAAAUUUGAGAUUACUUGUUGAAAGCAUUAUGGUUUUUCGUGAACCUAUUAGUUUUAUUAUGCUUUAUUGCUUGUACUUUGUGCUGAUGCUAUACAACUGGACAAUCUGUGUGGUAAAUGCAAAUAAAGUGAUUUAAAGAUCUGUUCUUUUGGCUA